GCUUAAUUAAGGAAUUUCCUUUUAGAGAAUUAAGGAAAUUCCUUUUUUAGAGAGUUAAAGAAAUUCUUAAUCGAGUAAUUAAUUAAGAUUUAAGAUGGAUCAGAUGACCUUGGAAACUCCGGAACUGAUGGCGCAGGCCGCCGCGCAGCCACCCUAUCUCGACGCUGCUUCUCAGUCCGGCAGCUUUCCUAUUCUGACGCAGCACCAGAUUCAGAAGAUCCUCCAAGAUAACACAAAACUGAUUUUGGCUAUUAUGGAAUGCAAUAAUCUCGGGAAAAUGGCCGAAAGUGCUGAGUAUCUAGACAUUCUCCAGGAGAACUUGACAUAUUUAGCUGCAAUGGCGGAUGUGGUACCACCGCAAGGAUCAGAAGUAGCCUCUCAGGAGCCAGUCAUAUCAGGUUCUGCUCCUCCACAAGAAACACAGUUGGUUCCGCCGGAAUCGCAUGCUUCUUCUUCCGUUCGUACACAGGAACAAAGUGCUGACCCUGUUAUGAAUCCGCCGCCGCCGUUGCUGCAGCCUAACGCCGCCCUUCCCCCUCAAGAACAUGUCCUCCAGCAGCAGCAGCAACAGUUCCAGAGUUGCCUAGGGUUUGCUAGGUUUUCAUCCAUGAGUGGAAUGCAGCAGAUUAUGCGAGCGGCCGGGCAAGCCACCUCAGGUAGUAAUGGCUGCAUGGAUGUUCAAGGAAACAUGCAGCCUUCUACUUCUAGUGAUGGCCUAAUCAAACCACAAUAUUGGGGAGUUGAUGGCCAUGCUCAUGUAAACUAAUGUUGUGAUAAGUUUCUGCAUGCAUGCUUUUGCAAUGAUAUGUUUGGCUAGCUAGCUACCUUGAACUUAUAUAACUCUGUCAUUUCGUACUUGAUUGAUUUAUAGAAUAUGUC